AUGUCGGACGACGACUGGGAGACCGUCGCCGAGCCGUCCCUCGGCGACCUGUCGCUCGGCGGCGCCCCGCCGGCGCCGGCGCCCGGCGCGCCGGCGCCGGCGCCGUCCCCCGCCGACGACGACGACGGCUGGCUCGCGCCCAUGGGCACGCUGCGCGCGGAGAUGCGCGAGCGGCCGAGCGGCGCGCCCAAGGUGCUCAUGCGGCGCACCGGCGCCGGCGACGCCGCCCGGGCGCCCGCGGACGCGAAGCCCGCGGCGGCGAAGACGGAAGACGAACGAGCGCGCGACUACGCCGCGGCGCGCGCGCGCAUCAUGGGCGACGCGAAGCCGCCCCCCGCGGCGAAGAAGGCCGGCUCCUGGGCGUCGCAGGCCCUCGCGGCGUCGCGCGAGAAGCCCGCGGCCGGCGACCGGGGCCGGCGGCCGCCGCGCGGCGGCGACGCGAGGCCGCCGCCGCCCGGCGACGGCCACCCGGCGAACGCGCGCGUCGCCCGCGGGCCCCACGGCGAGGGCGUGGGCUUCGACGCCCGCUCCCGCGAGCGCGCGCGCGCGAACGCCGAGGCGCUCGCGGCCGGCGCGGCCUACGUCGCGCCCGACCGCGCGCCGCGGCGCGACCGGCCCCGGGCCGCGCCUCUGGACCCGGACUACCACCGCCAGCCCGUGACGCCCAUCUACGAGCCGGCGCACUACGGCGCGCCGCCGCCGCGGGGCCUCGUCUACGGCCAGCCGCCCUACGCGGCGCCGCCGCGGGGCUUGGUCUACGGCAAGGGCGCGCCGCCCUACGCGGCCGACGCCUACGGCGCGGGCUUCCCGCCGCCGUCGCCGCCGCCGCGCGGCGCGCCGCCGCACGUCUACGGCGGCGCGCCGCCGCCGCGCGGCGCCGGCGCCUACGGCGGCGCGGGCCGCGCGGGCUACGCGCGGAGCCGCGCGGCGCCCGAGGCCUACGACUACGGCGGCGGCGGCCACCACUACUACCAGCCCCAGUUCGCCCAGCCCCACGGGUUCCCCGGCGGCGGCUACGACGCGGGCGCCGCGUCGAGCGACUACGCGCCCGCGACGGAGCCGCCGCGCGGCGACGUUCCGGGCCCGGCGCGCGCCGCGCCCUUCCUCCCGCCGCCGCCGCCGCCCCAGUUCGCCGCGCCCCAGCAGAUCCAGCCCCAGCCCCUGCGGCCCGUCGUCGUCGACCCGGAGCGCGCGGCCGCGCGGCGCAAGGAGCGCGGCCGCGGCCGCGGCGACGACGCGGGCAAGGGCCGCGCGCGCGGCCGCGGCCGCGGCCGCGGCCGCGACGGCCGGGGCCGGGGCAAGGGCCGGGGCGGCGACGCCGCGCCUCCGGCGGAAGAGGCGCCGCGCGGCGCCGACGCGGCGCCCGCGCCCGCGCCGGACCCGCCGCCGAACCGCAAGCCCGGCGGCCGCCGCGGGCCCCGCGUCUACGAGGAGGAGUUCCCGACGCUGUAG